CAACAACAUGCCAGGACGCACAAGACCAAUCGAUAAACUUGCUACCGCGGUGGGAAAAUGCUCACCAGAGAGCGCUGUGUAUGGCAAAUGCAUAUUCGCAGAUUACAAUAAUGUGCACAAGGAUAUGUGUGCGAAGGAGUUUAUGAGAUUGAAGGAGUGCUAUCUGAAGGCGUACAAAACACGGUGAUAGAAGUUGGUGGCAAAGCAGCAUCCAAAGUUCACAAAGCAGUGUACUCACAAAGCAGCACU